AUGACGGGCGUGCACCAGAGCCACGACUCGUCGAGCGGCGACACAGUCGUCUUGCAGACCCCCACGGAAAAAUCUUCCGUCGAGACACCCUCUCCUGCUGCGCAAGAGAAGGAGCUAGAGAACCACCCCGACCUGGACACAUCUAUCCCAGCUGAGGACCCAGAGAAAGAUGAAGAAAAUGACACGAUGAAGAAGCAACCCUCCGGCGCGCCGUUGGACCGCACGCCCUCCCAAGCAGCAAAGAUGGGCAAGAAAAAGAUCAUCGUCGUUAUGACCGCACUUUGCCUGGCGCUGUUCCUGGCUGCGCUGGAUAUGACUAUCAUCUCAACGGCUUUACCAACAAUCGCGGCUGAAUUUGCUGCCUCGGAGAGUGGCUACUCGUGGAUUGCGUCGUCGUACCUUCUUGCGAACGCGGCUUGUAUUCCGCUCUGGGGCAAGAUUAGUGAUAUCUGGGGUCGCAAGCCAAUCAUGCUUCUCGCCAAUGUGUGGUUCCUUGUCGGCAGUCUGAUCUGUGCCUUGGCUAAGAACAUGGCCAUGAUCAUCGCUGGCCGUGCCAUUCAAGGCGUUGGUGGUGGAGGUAUCAUCAUCAUGGCUAAUAUUAGCGUGACGGAUUUGUUCAGCAUGAGAGAUCGACCCAUGUACUAUGGCCUCUUCGGUGCUACUUGGGCUAUUGCAGGUGCUCUGGGACCUAUUGUCGGCGGUGCUUUUACCACCAGUGUUACCUGGAGAUGGUGCUUCUACCUGAACUUGCCCAUCGGUGGAGUCUCGUUCCUCAUUCUGUUCUUCUUCCUCUCUAUUGAAUCCCCCAAGACACCAUUCCUGGCUGGCUUGCGCAGCAUCGAUUGGGCGGGAACCUUCCUCAUUAUCGGCGGCACUCUUAUGUUCCUGUUCGGCCUGGAAUUCGGUGGCAUCAACUACCCGUGGAAGUCAGCCACUGUUAUCUGCCUCAUCGUAUUCGGUAUCUUCGUUUGGGUCCUGGCUAUGCUCGCUGAAUGGAAGAUUGCCAAGUACCCCAUCAUCCCUCCACGCCUGUUCAACGAGUGGGGCAACGUUCUCAUCCUUCUGGUCUGCUUCUGUCACGGCUUCGUCUUCAUCUCAGGCUCCUACUACCUCCCGCUCUAUUUCCAGACCGUCCUGCUAGCCUCCCCUAUUCUCAGCGGUGUCUACACACUGCCCAUGGUCCUCUCCCUUUCCAUCGUCUCCGCCGGAACGGGUAUCAUCAUGAAGAAGACUGGUCGCUACCGCGAGCUGAUCAUCGGCGGUCUUGCUUUCAUGACUCUCGGUUUCGGUCUGCUGAUUGACCUCAAGCCCUACGCUUCGUGGCCACGCAUUAUCAUCUUCCAGCUGAUCGCUGGUAUCGGUGUUGGUCCUAACUUCCAAGCACCCCUCGUCGCCUUCCAGACCGGCAUCCGACCAGCAGACAUGGCAACUGCUACCGCAACAUUCGGUUUUAUCCGUCAGCUGUCGACGUCCAUGUCUGUCGUCCUGGGCACAGUCAUCUACCAAAACGUGAUCGGUCAACAAGCCGACAAGCUCAUCGCAGCCAUCGGCCCCGAGCUCACGGCCCAAAUCUCCUCCUCCUUCGCCGGUUCCUCCAAAGAGCUCAUCAAGAGUCUGACCCAGCCCCAGCGUGAGGUCGUUCUCGAGGCCUUCACUUUCGCUCUGAACCGCAUGUGGAUUUUCUAUACAGCUGUUGCGGGCCUCGGCUUCAUUCUUUCGUUAUUCAUUCGCCCUCGCGAAUUGACCAAGACGCAUACCAUCCGCAAGACCGGUCUGGAGGAACAAGAGCGUGCACGCCAGGAAUUGAUCGAUUCUCAACGUACGACCGAGGGAAGGUCUGAGGUUGAGGCUUGA